AUGAAGCUCAGUCAAACUUUCAGUAUUCUCACGCUCCUCGUAGUGUCGACUAUCGCCGUGGCUGUUCCUCAAGAGAAAGCAUGCACACAAUGUCUCACUGAGGGUACUUUCUGCUCUGGAUUCGCCGGUCCUGUUGGCACAUGCUGCGACGGGCUACUAUGUGAAAACGCACCAGGGGUGGCAGAUGAUGCACACUGCAUUCGAAAGAAGAAGUGUUUGGCGAAAGGCGCUACUUGCGUGAGCAUCGCCGGUCCCCAGGUUACAUGCUGUUCUGGAAAGUGCACCUUCGUGGCAGCGGAUCAUAGCGUUUGCAAGUGA